CCAUUUCACUUAGAUUUGUUUACCCACAACCGAAAGACCAUCUUCUCCCUUUCCUGGUGAAACCUGAUUAGAGCAAGUGGAUUGGCCAAUUUGGAUCUUGGCCAUCUUGGAGAAAAUUGGGGUGGGUUGACUAGAAAUCGAUAUAUAUUUGAAAAAUAUAAUUUUCAUUGAAAGAUUAUAGAUUAUUGUGCUAUUCUUGCAAAUGGUUUUCCUUUUAUAUGUAAUAAAAUUUGUAUUCUUUCAUGCAUUAGAAAGGAGGCAGGCAGAAGCAGCCCGCAUCAGAGAGAAGUAUCCUGAUAGAAUACCAGUAAUUAUUGAGAGGGCUGAGAAGAGUGAUGUGCCUGACAUUGAUAAGAAAAAUCUCAAAACUUGUAGGUUAUUGAUUCCAGUGGAUUUAACUAAUGAAGAUUUAUAUAUACUUGCUGAAGAAAUGCUUCCACAUGAUGGUGCUUUGAGGGGUAGGAUGGCUAGUAUUUAUAUCAAUGGUUUUGGUAUCAUGUCAAACCAUGCUGUAGUAGGGAUCAUUUCCGAUUGAAAAUGACAAUGAUGUCUUUAUAGUAGAUGUAUUUGUAGACAAUGUUUCUAGAAUUUCAGAAUUUGAGAUUGAUGUGCUUUAAAUUAAUUUAGCAAUCUACUGUCUGUUGACAUGAACUUUAGUUGCCAUAAUUUAGCAAUCAUAUUCUUUGGUGACCUCUGCUGUAAUUAUUCAAUGAUAAAUUGGUUUUCUGGUUUGAGGAAUUGCAGAUGCUAAUUAAUGCUUAAAUAACUCUUUAUUGUAACAUGAUUUACUUUUUAAAUUUUGAAUACUAAUUCUGCAUUUCAAACCUUGAACAUGCUACUCUGGAUGAAUUCAGGUAUCUGGUUCUUGUUGACCUGACUGUUGGACAAUUUGUCUAUGUUGUCCGGAAGGGGAUUAAGCUCAGUCCUGAGAAGGCCAUCUUCAUUUUUGUCAAGAACAUUUUGCCACCCACUGCUACUAUGAUGUCUGCUAUUUAUGAGGAAAACAAGGAUGAAGAUGGUCUUGAAGAAGAAAGAAUCAAGAGUUGCAGAGGAUUUAGGGUUAAAGGGGAAAAGGAAAGAGAGAGUGAAGUGAAGUAGAUUCUAGAAGGGGAGUCUGCAUGGAUAAAGAGAAAGACAAUGACAUGUGCGGCCUGUUUUUUCCAUAUAAGCAUGUGAAAAUUAAAAAUGGUAAUUGUUG